ACACUUAAGUUUCAUCAGAUAUAUUCUAUUACAAUGUAGUACAUGUAUUAUAUGUUUCUGAUUUAAUGACUAACUCCAAUUUCUCUUCAAAAUUGAUUGCACUGUGUCUUUUCAAAAGAAAUCAAACACGUUAGUUGUGUUAUAAUAUUUUUUCUUUUACUGCAUUAGAAUACAUUCUAAUAAAAUAAAUCGUGCAAGUACAAAAUAAACAAUCAUAUUGAUCUACAUUUUCCAAUAAACACUCAUAAGUCAUUCUAAUAUAAACAGAACGGAAUUAAGAUACUAAUCAUGUUAUGAAAUUUAAAAACAUGACCAAUUUCUGGUUCAGGCAUUUUGCCAUAAAAAAAUAUAAACUGUUUAAAAUCAAAGUAUAAUACACCUGAGUGUACCUGGAUCAUAUAAAGAAUGUUUUAAUUUCCUAGUACGACUGUUUUUUCCCCAAAAUAAAAACUAGGAUGGCUUGUACCUAUGGAGGACUAUAAACACACAAUUUUCUUCAGUUUAUCCACAGACAUAUAUUACAUAAUAUGUGUGUAAUAUGUCUCUGUUUUACAUAACAAUGCACUAUACCAUCGAUGGCAUCGGCGUAUCCAGUAUUUUAAGAAUGGAUUUUAUAUUUAAACCUAGUAUGUUUAUAUAACUAAAAGCCAACAACGACAAAUAUUCAUGAAUCAAUUUUCUUUACAAGACGUCCUACUGAUAAUUUCAAUGGUGUAUUGUCGAUUAUUUAUUGAACCGAACUUAUAAAAAGAAAUUGUUUGAAUUUGUUUUUAACAAGAGCUAUUAAAACGAAACGUUUAAAAAUUUAAAAUCGAUCGAUAAAGUGAUAACAGUUUAAUAAUAAUGUUUUGAAGUGAAGUGUGUUGUUAGGAAAUUGGAUUGUCUCCCAUUAGUAUCUACCAUGGCUCAGAAACGAAUGACGAGGAAUAAAACAAUGAUCGACACUUUUGAAGGGCAACAUGUGUUAAUUAGUAAUAGAAAGAAAUGGAAAUAUUUCGGUAACUGUUCAGGUAUGUGGAUUUUUAUUCCUGGGAAAGAAAUUGUAAUUGGACCCGGAAGUACUCCAGUAUCUUUAAUAUCCGUGAAAGAAAAUGGAAAGUUUAUUAGAGAAUUUAAAAUCAAAUGUAUAUGGGAAAGUGCACAUAAAAAGUCAUCUACGGAAUUAACAGACGAUUCACUAGACCAACUACAAGAGGAUAUUGAUAUAAUGGACUUGGACAGUGAAAUAUACAUGCAGCAAAACCGCGAAUUUAGAGACAACAUUAUACUUGAUUUUGCAAUUUCUGAUAAAACUGGCAUAUCGUGUCAUACUACAUCUUUACACUGCAGAGAAAGACGGAAACUUGUUGCAUACAAUCUCAUCAUUGAAGGAACACGUGAAAGUGGCCCAAUCACAGACGUCAAAAGUCAUUAUGAAUUUGAGUUUAAAUUUGGUCCAAGCAUUAUGGACACAUUAUUGAAUGCCUCAAAUUAAUUAAACAUUGUCGAUAUUAGCGAUAUUAGCGAUAUUAGCGAUAUAAGCCUGUUGAAUCCAACACUGUUGAUAUUGUUAUUUUCUUUGUGAUAGAUGCUUUUAAAUUAAACAUAAAAGUAAGAUAUAUGAUAUUUAUAUCUCACGUUCCAAAGA